UAUGCAAAUUAAAUAAGUCUUUGUAUGGAUUAAAAUAGUCUCCUAGAGCUUGGUUUGAAAAAUUCACUCAGUCCAUGAAGAAACAAGGGUACAUUCAAGGACAGGCUGAUCACACCUUAUUCACAAAGUUCUCCCAUGAUGGGAAAUUGGCUGCCCUGAUUGUAUAUGUUGAUGAUAUUGUCCUUACUGGAGACGAUACAGUUGAAAUGGCAAGAGUAAAAGAGAAAUUAGCAGUAGACUUUGAAAUCAAGGACUUAGGAUCCAUGCGAUAUUUUCUUGGUAUGGAGGUUGCUCGGUCAAAGAAGGGUAUUGUGGUUUCACAGCAGAAAUACAUUCUAGAUUUCUUGAAAGAAACAGGAAUGAGUGGAUGUCGUCCUGCAGAUACCCCUAUGGAUCCUAAUGCUAAACUUUGGGGAGAAGGUAGUGUUCCUGUUGACACUGGAAGAUAUCAGAGAUUGGUUGGAAAACUGAUUUAUUUGUCACAUACCCGACCUGAUAUUGCUUUCUCAGUUAGUGUAGUAAGUCAAUUUAUGCAUUCUCCUUACGAGGAACAUCUUGAGGCAGUCUAUCGGAUACUGAGAUAUUUGAAGGGAAAGCCUGGUAAAGGCUUACAUUUUAAGAAAACUAGUGAAAGAAAUGUGUCUAUCUUCACGGAUGCUGAUUGGGCAGGCUCAGUCACAGAUAGAAGAUCAACCUCUGGAUAUUGUACUUAUGUUUGGGGUAAUCUUGUGACAUGGAGGAGCAAGAAACAAGGAGUUGUAGCAAGAAGUAGUGCAGAAGCUGAGUUUAGAGCUAUGUCUCAAGGUAUUUGUGAAGGGUUAUGGAUCCUUAGAGUCCUAAAAGAACUUAAGAUGAAAAUUGAGCUUCCAUUAAAAUUAUACUCUGACAGUAAAGCUGCCAUUAGCAUAGCUCAUAACUCAGUUCAACAUGACAGAACCAAACAUAUUGAGAUUGAUCGACACUUCAUUAAAGAGAAGUUAAAUGCUGGAAUCAUAUGUCUCCCUUUUGUGACUUCAAAUCAGCAAACUGCGGAUAUCCUUACCAAAAGUUUGGCAAGACCAACUUUUGAGCAUUUGAUUGACAAGUUGGGCAUGAUAGAUAUCUAUGCACCAACUUGA